CGCACCCUUCGUCGUUACGCCCUCGUCCACGCCCGUGAUCCUAACAAUGCAGAUCGCGCAAGAUGUCUUUUCCGCGGCCACCUCGUCCCUCACCACCAAGGCGGGCAGCUUACGACACGUACGUGCUCCGCAUCGCCCUACCCCCACCAUCCAGCCCCGCAUUGCACUAGCUAACCUGACCCCCACCCUUCCCCCGCGCAGUUCGCCCGCUUCGGCGCGCUGAGCGUCGGCGUCUGCAGCGGCAUAAUUGCAGUGGUAAGUCCUCCCCUUCCGGCCUCCCCCCCUUCCGCCCUUUUUUUUUCUUCCCGUCUAACACGCUCUCCGGCCGUCUGCCUCCCGACCUGCGCAGUCCAACCACGUCAGCGCGCGCGAGGCGGCGUACAAGGCCGCGCUAGCCGACCGCGAUCAGCAGAUCGCCGCGCUCAAGGAGGCGAACGACAAGCUCAAGACGUCUGGCGGUACGUGUGCACGCGCGGCGCGGCGAAGCGGAGCGACGCGCCCUCGCGUCAUGCAGACGGUGCAAGUGCUGACCGUGAAGGCUGUCUGCGUGCGUGCUCGCCGAUGCAGUGGCGAAACCCUCGUCUGGGGACCCCGUGCAGGACUGGAUCGACUCCCUCGCCGAGUAGGGCGCUGCCGCGGGCGCCUCGGCUGCGCGGGUCGGCGCAAGCGUUGGGACGGCCGGAAACGCCCGCGCGCACCGGCGCGCAGCGCGCGUCGCUUGGGCCACGGGACGCGCGCGCCGCGGCUGUCGCAGCGCGGCGAGGUGCCGCGCGUGUCUGGAUGGACGCCGUGUGGAGGUCGCUGGCCGUGGCACCAGGCCGGGUGCACUGCGGUGCGAUUUAGGAUAUGCGCGGGUCGCGCGAGGAUAAACAGUUUUGCACGCUUGCGUUGGCGUUUUUGGGCACCGGCGGGGGCGGGAUGCGUGGCGGGGGUGGGUUAUGUGAACGAGCGUACGCGUUCGGGACAGAGCCUUCUACGAUGGCGCAGGCUGGCCUGACGGGACGCCGUACCGUAACCGUCUGAUCGGGCGCGCUGCCGCGACUCGCCUUGUUCGAUGAAGGCGGCCGGGUGAUGUGGAUGAGGACCCGGUCGGCGGGACGCGCUUCAUUGCUUCUACGAUUGAAUUAUGGCGAAACUCAAAAAUUCCGAAUUUCCUUCGCGCCCCUUUCCACAGCAUUCCCAAUCCGUUUCCCGCUGUGGGCUGACAUCGCGUCGUCCGCUGCAGUCACCGACAACUCCACAUCGCCUGCCGCAUCCGCUCCCCCGGUGCCCCACCACCGCGCACUCUCUUGGCGCCAGCACCACUCCCCCGCCGCGCCCUCCCCUCCAUCCCCGCCACGAUGCCCAAGUCGUCGUCGCCCGGCGCGAAGAUGCACGCCAUCUUCCUCGCCGUCGCCUUCUACUGGUUCAUCAGCAUCACCAUGGUUUUCGUGAACAAGUCGCUGCUCUCCUCACCGGAGGGCAAGGUCGACGCCCCGCUCUUCAUCACGUGGUUCCAGUGCGUCGUCACCGUCAUCGCCUGCUACAUCAUGGGCGAGAUGGGCGUGGCCAACGUCCCGCGCUUCGAAAUCAAGCGCGACAUCCUGCGCCAGAUGCUCCCGCUGUCGGCUAUCUUCACCAUGAUGAUGGUGUGCAACAACCUGUGUCUCAAGUACGUCGAGAUCUCGUUCUAUCAGGUCGCGCGCUCGCUCACCAUUGUCUUCAACGUCAUCUUCGACUUUGUCGUCCUUGGCCAGCGCACGUCCCCCUCGGCCAUGCUAUGUUGCGCCCUCGUCGUGUCCGGCUUCGCCCUGGGGAAUCAACAGGAGCUGCGCUGGUCCCUGCAGGGCGUCCUGUUCGGCGUGUCGGCCAGCUUUUUCGUCGCCAUGAACGCCAUCUUUGUCAAGAAGAAGUUCCCGCUUGUGGACAAUGACCCGUGGAAGCUCACCCUGUACAAUAACCUCAACGCCUCCAUCCUCUUCAUCCCGCUCAUCAUCGCCUUUGGAGAGCCCAGCGUCAUCAUCGCGUCAGCUAACAUUGUCAAGCUCAAGUUUUGGUCCAUGAUGACCGCCGGAGGCGUUUUCGGAAUAUGUAUAUCUUUUGCGGUUGCCGCUCAGAUUAAGUUUACCUCGCCAUUGACGCAUAAUGUAUCGGCAACGGCAAAGGCCGCGGCGCAGACCGUCUUGGGGCUCUUGAUUUAUAGGAAUCCGAUUACCUUUUGGGGAGGCGCUAGUGUGGCGGUUAUUCUGAUGGGCUCGCUCAUGUACACGCUUGUGCGUCGCGCAGAAAUGAAGAAGAACAUGGCGGCUGACGCGGCUGCUGCCAACACCCCCCCAUUAGAAAAGCCACUGCUAUCGGCUGAAACAGCACAAGAAGAAAAGGAUACGCAGUAG